AUGAUUCUUCGUUCGAAAACCAAAGUUCUUCGCCAGCAACAGGAGCAGCGGACUGCUCCUGACUCUGCAAAUGCUCAGUCAGUCCAGCAAGAUUCUCCUACGAUGGAUGAAGACAUCACUCCUGCGACCAAAAAUGAUAAGACCAGCCGUUACAACUCCAAGCCGGGACACAUGGUAAACCGGUCUGAUGUUCCGUUUACCAUUUCUAUGGGUCCCGUUCAACCCAUCACUGCUACUGCUCGCGCUGCAAACAUCACUCCGGGGCGUCGUACUUCUCGCAUCUCUGCAGAUUUGUCGAUCGCAAGACAGGAUGAUAGACAGCAUUUCAACUUCGACUUCCCCUCCCCUUCAAAGCCCUCCAACGAAAACGAUGACCCAAGUCAAUCCGAGCUGACUCCUCGCCGCCGUUCCAUACGUAUCGCCCAGGCCUUGCAAGAUAAUGAUGGCCGCACCGUGGGUAAUCGGAAAAAAGAUGGUUCGCCUACUGUGCGGGUCUUCAACGAUGCGGAAUAUGCCCCUCAGCUGGAUCUCACCCCCCGUCAUCGUUCCCAGCGUGUCACGCAUGCUUUGCAAGACAACAAUGGCCGCGCAGCCGCAGAGCCCCUGCCAAAGGAUUCCGAGUCUGUUGCAGCUGAUGUCAACUUGGAAACUCCCAGAAGUCGCUCUGCUAGACGCACACAACAGAAUUCCAACAACGGCAUUUCUACCGCGGUGCGGGAUGGCUACAAAGCUCCAGCGUCUGUUCCAACUGAUGUCAAUUUGCAACUUCAGGAACCUCGUCCCACUCGUGUCCAACUUCCCUCCUGGGCGAAUGCUGAAGAAGAUGACAUUCGUCCUAUUCGACGCAGCCAGGCUCGUCUGCCUUCGACCAUGGCACAGGAUGAGAAUUCGGAUCCAUUGCUUGCUCCGAUGAUGGGGUUCCUCAUGAACCGGCCACGCAUGUAUUCUGACAAAGGCACCGUCCAACCAGCUUCAGGUGUCCCGGCCGACCCGAAUCUGCCAGCCCAGUCUCAAUCCCAAUUCGAGCGAAGGGAUUUCCAUCCGGUCACUCCUGCCGAAGAAGUGACCAACGAACCGGAUGUCAACUUGCGUGCCAGCAGCAAUGCUGGUAACCUCUUCGGACUUGGAUACGGCUAUGGCUAUUAUUUCCCACCGGCAGAAGACGAGAGCUUCUUUGAUGCUGAGUUCGCCGCCUAUGAGUAUGCCCAUGCCAGGGAUAUGGAGGAUUCGGAGACUGGAAAUGUCAACCCGAUCCUCCCUCGGGACAAUGAACUCCCCGUCGAGACUGCCGCCGAUGUCGGAAAUCGGAAGAAGGAGGAGAGUAUGGACGACUUUAUUGCGUCCAUCGUCGACCUGAACAAGUUUGAGGGCUGA